GUGGAUGAGCUCGUAUCUCAAUCUGUCUUAGUGGACGUGAAAACACCUCAAUACCGGUACGGUACUUCCUCACUCUCAUAUCUCAUCCUUCCGUAAACGAUUAACUAUACUAAGGGAUCUAACCCCAGAAGCCCUUCUGGCGAUCCCUUGAGGGAUUCGUGGCUCUAUGGAAUUUUGGUCUCGGGGCCCUGGAAAGCAUUUAAAUUCCCCCGAGACCGUUCCUUGGGCUUCACAACCCUCAAGAUCCUUUCCACUAUGUCUCAGUCCCCCGUAGCGAAGAUCCUCAAUGAGGCCCCCAACUACUGCAGCAUACCCCCGGAACUCAAUCCAGAUGAGCGCCAGUGCUCCUAUACCACCACUUCCGCAUUUGCCUUCAUUCUAGCGACCUCCUUCACUUUCAUCGUCGUCGCGGGCUACAGCUUGCUACGCAUCCGCACGUGCAUCGUUGGGAAGUCCCUCGAGAAGCGCUGGAAUCCGCUGAGUGGGUGCCUGUGGGGCGCGGCCUAUAUCAUCGUAACGACAGUGAAUGCCCUCUCGAUGGGGCAUUCCGCUUCAGAACAUGUGACGCUGCAGCUUUUUCAACUGCUGUUGGCCCUCCCGAGGUUUGGCUGGUGGGAUAUCGUUUUCUACAUGGCUGACCCUGAGGAGUGUAAGGAGUCUGCUGCCGACGCCCUUGUCACGGAGGUGACUAUAGGGACGGUGGCGCUAGGGUUUAUUGUCGAUAUGGUUCUGAGGAUGUCUCCUUGUGGUGGUGCGCAUGCGCCGAUCAAGGUAGCAGCUUUCUUUCUGCCUGCGCUGGAGUUGGCAUCGUUACUGUUUGGGUAUGUGGCCAUAGGGUUGAUACUGUGGAGGGAUAAGAUUAAGAGGGUGUGGAUUCUCCCAUCGUUUGUGUUGAUGGUGGCUGUGACGAUUACUUCAUUUGUAUUCUGGAUUCGUAAGUAUCCCCCCCUCCAUUAAUCUGGCUGCUCUUUUGGUAUUUGUGAUUUUUUUUAGUGAGGUAUCAUACUGACAGAAGCCCAGGUUUCGAGGGGAUAACUACUCAUGCUGAUUGUCUGAAUGGACGGGGGAUGGCCCCCCAGGCAAUUUUCCAGCUCUUUCUUCCGAUGUUGAUUGCAUUUUUCCGUUUUGCCCAGUCCUGUAUGGCGAAGCGCUCCUUGGCUCAACCCGCCCCGGCCCCCGAGCAGCACGAACUGUCCGAACUGUAAGGCUAUUUGGUGAUAGAUUAGAAGCUGAAGAAUAAUGUAAUGGAAAAGAAUUUGAUAAAUCUUAAGUCUUGAUUGAGCGAUUGGGGUUUAAAAAGAGGCAGUUAAUGGGACAAUACCGCACCCAGUACCGUUACCAAGGCACAAUAAAU